UCUCUCUCGCCGAAUAAACCCUAAUUUCUGUACACGCUCCCAACCUUGAAUUUGAAGUUCGUUCACCUCUCUCUCUCUCUCUCUUUCUCUCAUGGCGACGGCGCGUGAAGAAAACCGUUACGAAGGCGGAGGAGAGUUUGGCAAGUUCCGAAAACGACCAUUCCGGAAAACCCAAAAGACGCCGUACGAUCGGCCGCCGACAGCGCUGAGAAACCCUAACCGAAACAACGGUUGGCUCUCGAAGCUCAUUGAUCCCGCGCAGAGGCUCAUCGCUUAUAGUGCUCACAGACUCUUCUCCUCUGUUUUCCGCAAACGCCUUCCUCCACCUCCUUCAGCCCCAGAAACAGUGCAAGACGCAAGGGACAAUCCCCAGGAAGCAGCUACCUUUGGGGAACAGGUUGCAAAUGAGUCAUCUGGCAAGCAACAAGAACUAGUAUGUGAAAGUGGUGUUCAAAUUAACCAAUCCAAUGGAGUUGGUUUAAACGAACUUGAGAAACUGUUACAGCAGAAGACUUUCACCAGAUCAGAGAUUGAUCAUUUGACAGAGCUUAUGCAUUCAAGAUCUGUAGAUUUUCCUAUUGGGGAAGAAGGGAAGAGGACAGAAGUGGUUCCAUCAGAAUCAAUGUUGCCUCGUAACCAAAGGGAAGAAUAUCCCCAAACUCCAGCAGUAGAAAAUGGGAUUGGGAAACAUCUUAUUUCAACCCCACACGCCAUUUCCAGUAUCUCUGUUGAGGAUGUUGCUUCACCUACGGAACUAGCAAAGGCUUACAUGGGUAGCAGGCCUUCCAAGGUAUCCCCGUCAAUGUUAAGCUGGCAAAGUUCUACCUGGGAGGAUUCAGCCCUAGUAAAAGGGCAUCAUUUUGCUCAGAAAUCUCCUACUAUGUCAAUUGUGCCAAGGUCUACUAACCUUGCCAGGGUUUAUGAAAAUAGUUUUGUGGCCCCAAGAUCUCGUGGUAGAUCAGCAAUAUAUAAUAUGGCACGAACACCUUAUGCCAGAGCAUAUCAAGCCUCCACACUCAAGGGUGCUGGGGUUGGUGAUGAAGGUGGGCCGUCAUCUUCAGCUCAACAUACACUGGAUCAUGGUAUACUUUCUGGAACUAAACAAGGGGGAUUAAAACGUAGAAGUUCUGUAUUAGGCAAUGAUAUAGGAUCUUUUGGUCCUAUACGCCGAAUCCGCCAGAAGUCUAAUCUUCUAUCUUCUAAAGGAUUGACCUUGACUCAUUCAGGAAGCCCUUUAUCUAUAACUAGUAGUGGGGUUGGUUUCGAUGCUGCUCAGCAACGUUCAUCAUCUUACAUGCAGAAGCCUAUUUUGUCUGGUGAUGUUAAGCAUAGCCAUACCAAAUUGUCAGAAGAAAAUGUAGAUGACACCAUGCCUAGUAGCAGCUUUCCUCCUUUACCAUCAAAAUCUAGUGAGAUGGCCUCAAAAAUACUUCAGCAACUGGAUAAGAUGGUUUCUCCCAAUGAAAAAUCUUCGGAACUAAGGCUGUUAAAUGUGAAAAAUAAUUCUCCAACAAAGUUAUCAUCUUUCAUGUUACGAGGACAAGCUCUUCGAAGCAUGGAGACUGUAGAUUCAUCAAAAUUGUUGGAUAAUGUACAGGGUAAUGAAUUAGAUGGCACUCCUAGAAGUUUGUCUGCUAGUGCUCAAAAGUCGACAUCAAAGAUUAGCAAGUUAGAAAAAAGUCUGAAGCCUGUUUCACCUAAUGAUGGAUUGAUUCCUGCUCUAGCUGGUUCAGACGCUGCUGCCCCACGCAAUCAAGUCGAAUUUAUGGUAAAAUCUGGAGAUUCUUCUGAUCCUCCCUCUAAAAAGAGGGCAUUCCGUAUGAGUGCACAUGAGGAUUAUCUGGAGUUGGAUGACGAUGACUAUCCUAAUGGAGCCGUAUCUCAUUUCUCUUCAUCCGGCGAAGAAACAAAAGCCUUUACUGCUGUUGCAGAGAAAACAGCGUUUGAUAUUGAAAAACCUGUUCAGGAGAUGCCACCAGAUUCAUCUGUAGUGAUGUCAUCCAAAAGUUUUAUAGCAGGUAGUAAUCUCAGGACUGCUGACGUUUCUAUAGUUGAUGAGAAGGUUGACACACCAACAUCAAUAACUUCAUCUAUUGCUGCUGAUUCCACUAUUAAGCCAAAUGCGGGUGCAGUUAAAGCAUUAACACACACUACUUUAGGUUCCGAGAAGUCUACUUCACCAAAUGGAUCAGUUGCUAAUCCUCCCAUGUUUAGUUUUGGGAAUAAUUUUGUUCCUUCAACAGAGCUGACAGGUGCUGAUGCUCCAUCCAAAGAGUCUACUAAAACAGGUCCAAUAUUUGGUUUGGAUAAAUCUGCACCAUCAAAGGAAACAGAUACUGAUGCUCCAUCAAUCAAUUUUGGUAUCAACAAAAAUAUUGACAGUGUUCCACAAGCACCAUUUACUUUCUCUUCAUCCGUUGGCGGUGAAUCUACUAUUUUCAAAUUUGGUGGAGCUUCUGACUCAAAGCUGAGAAACUCAAUCAGCUCAAGUACUGCCGCUGGUGAUGUUGAUUCAAAGCCAAAAGUUCUUGAAUCAGACAAUGCUGAUGCCAAGACAAAUAUAGUUUCUGGAUUCUCUGCUCGGACAUCAGAACCACCUGCAGCAUCUACAUCAUUGUCAACAUCACCCACAAAUAUAUUUACUUUUGGCAACAGUUCAAAUCAAAAUAAUGGAUCUGCUGCUUCAACAUUUUCCUCUCCAUUUCCACCCAUAGUUACAAAUAAUUUUACAAGUCAGAAUAUGUUCAGUAACUCAUCGCUUGCAACAAGCAGCAGCAGCAGCUUUAGUGCAACUGCAACUUCCAUUACUACAAGCAGCACUCCUGCUGUAGUUGCAUCCAACAAUAGCAGUUCCUCUGCCUCAGGGUUAAUGUCUUCAUCUCCAACAGUUUCCCUUUUCAAAUUUGGAUCAACCCCUUUACCAUCAAGUUUACCUGUAUCAUCUUCUGGCUCAGAACCAGUGGAAACCAAGGGUGGACAGGAAGCAGGAAUUGGUAAUAUAGGAAGCACUUCCUUUGGAAGCUCUUCAGCUGCUGUUGGAAGUACUGGGAGUGGAAUUUUUGGAUUUAGUUCGUCGGCAACAUCCAUAAAUAGCCAGUCCCAGUCUCAGGGUUCUGUCUUCGGCACUAUAAAUGGGUCUACUGUUGGUACUCUUGCACCUUCUGCUACUAGUGGCUUUGCUACUUCGACUCAGAGUCAGUCAGUGGCAUUUGGUUCAUCUGCAUCAUCGCCAUUGUUUGGGUUGACUACGAGUACAGCUUUUUCUUCAGGGAGCUCAUUGCUCCCUUCAUCAAGUCCUGCCACAAAUAUUUUUAACACUGGUACGACUUCUGGACAAAGCACCCCUGCUUCCACUUUAGAAGCAAACCCUGUUAGCUCCAAUAAUGGUACAAGUUGGCAGCCCAGCAAGUCUUCCUUUGGUACUUCCUUUAGUUCAUCACCAUUAUCUUCAUCAACCUCUGGGUUUUCCUUUGGAGCAACCACUCCUUCUGUUGCUUCCACCAGUUCUCCUAUGAUGUUUGGAUCAUCGACAGGUGCAUCAGGUCCUCAAUUCUCAUUCUCUUCAGCCGCAGCUACUACCAAUACGCAGCCUGCUUUUGGAAAUCCUAGUCCUGUCUUUGCAUUUGGUUCAGCUUCCGUUAAUAAUGAUCAGAUGAGCAUGGAAGACAGUAUGGCUGAGGACACAAUUCAAGCAACUCCACCCGUCACCCCUGUAUUUGGUCAGCAACCUGCUCCAGUUCAAUCAAAUUUUGUGUUUGGAGCACCAACAUCAACAGGAGCAAAUCCUUUCCAGUUUGGGGGUCAACAGAAUAUUGCUCCACAGAAUCCAUCUCCAUUUCAGGCUUCUGGCAGUGUAGAAUUUAAUGCCGGAGGGAGUUUCUCAUUGGGCACUGGUGGUGUUGAUAAGUCUGGUCGAAAGCAUAUUAAAAUUAAGCAUAAUAGGCAGCGUAAGAAAUAAGACUGAUGUUUAUGGAAAUGGUUGUUAAUGUCACUGCUUCAGUCUGCUCUUCAUUAGUGCAACAAAUAAAUAAACUCUAAAGGGAGAGUGAUUCCUCAAUUUGGCUCUUCAGUUUGCACUUUGGACAAGUGUCAUUUGAAAGCAAAUCACCACAUGCAUGCUUGUCAGUCUCAUUUGUCUUGCUUCCUAUACAUUGCAAGGCAUAACGUCGCACAAUUUUGUAAUAGUAUGAUAUGACAACAUUAUCUGCUGUAUUUGUAAUGUUUUUAGGUCCAUAGUUCAAGAUCAAGAUUUGGUCUGUUAUGAUGAUCACAAUCUUUGUAUUAUCGUUUACUUGUAUCAUAGCCCGAAAAAGGCAUGAAUUUAAUUUAUGAAUUAGUUUGUGGUCAAAUAAAUUUCGAUUCGAGUCAGCAAUCUGUUGAUGAUUCUUA